AUGUAUUUGACACAAUUCGUUUGGUUAUGCGUGAUUUAUAUGACUUUUUAUGUAUUAUUAUAUAAUGAUGGAUUGCCCAAAAUAAGUCGAUUUAUCAAACUAAGAAACGACUGGUAUCGCAGGAAAAAAACAGGCGCGGAGCAGAGCAAUGACCGUGUAGAACACAAUGUGGUUUCCAAAAAAUGUAAUAUUGAAGAAAAAUACACCAAAUGCCUCUUGUCAAUCCACUAA